AGGGGCGGUCUCUACCUGCUGGGCGCACAUCAUGGACGGGGCCGCGGCUGGUCUUUCCCCGCGUGCGCUGCCUCCGCUGCCGCGGCUCGCCUGGCUGUGCGCCGUUGCCGCCGUCGGGGUGGCCCUGGGGGUGGCCGCGGCCUGGCGUCGACGGCGGCCUGGCCGAAGACUGGUGCGGGUGGGGACGGUGUCGGAGCUCUUCAUUUACCCGGUCAAAUCUUGCCGGGGGGUGUCUGUGCAGCGGGCCGAAGUGACCGAGCUGGGCCUCCGCAAAGGAGACCUUCGCGACAGAUGUUGGACUGUGAUCAAGGAAGAUGGAUGUAUACUGUCUGCUAAACAGAAACCUCGCUUGGUGCUAGUUUCUGUAUCCUAUGAAUCUGGCUAUUUAACCUUAAGUGCUCCAGGAAUGAAAACACUGAGUAUUCCUGUCAAACUUCCUGUGACAAAUUCCAUCUGCAAUUGCAGUCACUUUGGAGUCCAUGCUGAAGGUAGGGACUGUGGAGAUGAAGCAGCUCAGUGGAUCACUACCUUCCUGAACUCAAAGCCUUACAGACUGGUGCAUUAUGAAACUGAUAUGAAGACAAGGAAGCCAGUUAGUUUCCUGCCUCUUUUCCAACCGACAGAUGAGGUUGCCUAUGCUGAAGCCAGUCCAAUCUUGUUAAUUUCUGAAGCUUCCUUGGAAGAUCUAAAUGCCCGGUUAGAGAAGAAAAUUGCAAUGACUAAUUUCCGGCCAAAUAUAGUUGUUACAGGUUGUGCUCCUUAUGAGGAGGAUACAUGGAUUGAAAUACUCAUUGGCCAAGUGCAGUUGAGAGGACGAAUGUCUUGUCCCAGGUGCAUUUUCACAACAGUUGAUCCAAACACUGGGGUUAUGGAUAAGAACGAACCACUAAAAACACUGAAAAGUUAUCGCAAGUGUGGUCCUUCUGAACAACAUGCCUUUAAGAAUGAUCCUCCUUUUGGAUGGCUAUAUGGAGUUGAUAAAACUGGAGUACUCCAAGUUGGAGACCCUGUGUACAAGAUAAUCUGCUGACUGAAGAUAUGUAUAGUUAUUUUCAGCGUUAUGUUUUUGGUGCCUCCUUCUGCAUGUACUGGGAAAGCACACUGUGCAUGAUAGUCACAAUAUGUGCAAUAGCUAUUUUAUCUGAAGGGGGCAAUGCCUGUUUAUUCUAUCUCAAGUAGAUGUGAAUGCAUAUCCUGGAAAAACCCCAAGGUUUUUGACUGGCAUGCUGAAGCCAGAAGUGCAUUUCCCUGUUCAGACAAAAUGGUGAUCAUGCAUAUUGAGGCAACUGCAUGUAACACUCUUUCCCAUUUCAUGUGCUAGGCACUCUGGAAGUGUAAUGACCAAAAAGGGCUUAUGUAGAAAUGAGCAAAUGGACUUUCUUCAUGAAUUUGGCUAAGCUACCCUUUUCAGUUUGUUAAAUAUGAAAGUCUUGUUUUGGAACCCUUUGAGAGAUGUUCAGAGUUUGAAAUCUUUAACUUGAUCUUUCAAGAUACUAAUUUCUAUACAGUUUGACUGCACCCAUAUCUUUAUUGCUUUUAUUAGGUUGGCUUGAAUGGUACCUGACCCUACAAGCAUUGGGAAGCAGGGGUAGAGUGUACACCUAGCACACUGACCCCAGUGCCACUAGUCAUGCAUGUGAUUGAGUAAUGCAUGAAUGGGGUUAAAUUCUUCAUACAUAGCAUUAGUAAGAAUCCAUACAGAGUUGAAGGAAUGUUGAAAAAGAACAUAAGCAAUUGUAGGGCUGACAUUAGACCACAUGAAGCACAAGUAGCUCAUAGAAGCACAUAUUUAAGCUAACAGGUAGUACAUAAAGCAACAUAGUGGUGAAGCCUAUGGUCCUUAACUCAUUAGCGAAGCAUCCAAGAGCCCCUCCCUACAGUACAAAAGCCUCUUUGAAUCAUCGGUUUUGCAUCAUUUGUAGAAAGCUAGGAGAGGGGGCUUUCCUGACCUCCUCAGGCAGGCUGUUCCACAGGGUAGGGACCACCGUAGAGAAAGCUUGUGUAUGGGCUGCUGUUGAUUUUGCCCAUGUGCAAGGUGGCACCUGUAGGAGACCCUAUUCAGAUGAGCGAACCUGCCGUGGAGGAAGAUAGGGAGGGAGGCAGUCCUGUAGGUAUGCCGGGCCAAGGCCAUGAAGAGCUUUGUAUGCGAUAACCAAUACCUUGAACUGAGCAUGGUAGUUGAUAGGUUGCCAGUGAAGUGACUGCAGAAUGGGGGUGAUGUUCAUGCUCCUGCUUGCUCCUGAUAGCAGUUGAGCUGCAGCAUUUUGCACCAACUGGAGUCUCCUAGUUAAUUUGGAUGGGAGACCUAUGUAUAGUGCAUUACAAUAGUCAAGUCUUGAUGUUACCAUAGAAUGAAUCCAGGUGGCCAGGUCGGCCAUGUUAAGGUAAAAAGCCAUCUUCCAGGCUACAGUAUGUGAUCAUACUGUACAUACAGCUGAUCACAUACAGCUGUAUGUGAUCAGCUGUUCAUGCAGAAACACUGAUUCACACUGGAGACUCUGUAUAUGAUUGAGAAGAGAGGCACAGUUUCUCCCACCAUGCUUGUUCAGUACCACCCCAGAUGUGUGAACUGGGGCUCUUUCAAAAGACAUUUGCUUCAGGAAUAGCUGUGUUUCAUGUAGCAAAUGUGAUGUCCAAAUGCAAGCGCACCCAUGUACAAUGUGUUGGGAAGCCACAGCAUAUACAGGGCCCACUAGUGCAUGUACAUGGGUUUUUAAAGACAAACAUAUAUCAUUCCCACUUUACAUAUUUGCUGCAAAACAAAACUUUAAUCCUAGCAAAUACAAAUACAUAAAGUGCAGAACUGCUGUAAACUUAUGCUAUUUACAACUGUACAAAUGUUAAAAGUAUGAAUCCUGCAUUAUUCUAGUUUGAGGUAGAUGACCAAAAAAGACUCGUCGAGUAAGGAAAAUUGCUUGGUCAAUAAGUUUAUGUACUUGAACUAUACAUUAGGAACUACUUGCCUCAGAGAAAAUACCAAGAAAAAAUAAACUGAAGUAAAAAGAUUGAAAGGUUGUAAUGUCUUCAAGCUAUUAUGUAAAACAUUAGUGACUUGUUUAUUCAUCCAUUUAUUUGUUAAUUGAUAGCAGUAAUUCCUUGUUGCUACUACAAUUCUCAAAC